GUCAGUCCCUUCGUCCCAUCUUUCACAACUCAAUUCCGCCCAGCGUUCGUACUUGGACAAGGGUGGAGCGACACCGAAAGUCACCGGAUCCGCGAUGACCUCCCGGCCGUCCCAGCGCAGCAGCCAGAAGCGCAGCCGGGACAGCUGGUGGGCCGCUGAAGAAAACAACGAGGACGAACGAACGGAGCGGCGACCAGCUCCUGCUCUUCGGGCCCGGUCGCGCCAGGACCUACACGACCACGACGAGCCGUACCGGCUGAUCCCCAACCGCCGGGAGAUCCUCGACCCCGAAGGCGAUCUUUUGUUCGUCGCAGGGGAUCGCGCCGCCGGAGAUGAUUUGGUCGCUUUCAAGGUUUGCUCCAGGACCGUCUUUCGCAAGAUACCCGGGUGGAGAGAUCUACAAUGCUUGUCGAAACCGCCCGAUGCCGAAGAGUGGAUACUUCGCAUACCUGACGUCAAGCCGAACGCGGUGCUUAUCAUACUCAACAUCUUGCACAGUAACUUCGACCAAAUACCCGUCGGCAAAUCUCUUGGUUCUCAGGAUCUACUAGAUGUUACGGUGCUGACCACUCGGUACGAAGUCACGUCGCUGCUUCGGCCAUGGGCUGACGGCUGGACUCGGUCAUUUACCGAAGUAUUGGACCGUCACACUCGCAACAAUGAGCAGAAUUCGGCUGAAGAGCUGCCCCUCCCCUUGGAUACGUAUCUCUGGAUUACAUGGGAGUUUGGACAUGCAAUCGCUUUCAAAAACACUCUGCGUGAGUUGGCAUGGUCUACGACCAUCAGGGAGGGCUCCCUCCGACUGAGAAAUGAGCCCCUAUUCUCGAAAUCAAAGGAACCCUCUGGCGCAUAUAGUGUCAUAUACGCCGCACGUCUAGAUAUCAUUAAAUCUCUUCUCCAACCCCUCGAGAAACUAGUGAACAAACUCUCCACAUUCGUCCCCUAUAACAGCGUCACCGAAGUAGGAAAGGACGAAUCAUUGCUUGCCACCUUAUUCGCAAACUUGCGACGGUAUGAGUUAGGAGAGAUCCUUUCCUAUUCCAGUCCGGAAGACUGGACGGGCUCGGCCUACGAUCUCGUGGAAAAGCUCUGGCUCGCCUUCAGGGCAUCCCGCCUCGAGCACUGCACUUCGAACCUUUCAUCGUUGUUCAAAGAUACGAAGAAUGAACUUACGACCACUAUAGAGAAUGGUACAAUGCCUGAAAUGGCAGACUUUCAAACUCGAUAUCUGGAGGCGCGGGCCAACCUGACUGGUCUGGAGUCUUGAUUUAGAGAUUGUUUGAAGAGGCCAUAUGCUGCUGCAGAUGGAGCACUUUUAGGCCCCAAGUCUGAUUUAACGGGCCAGGCGCCAUUCAUGGGGGCAUAUGAACCUGGGUGGUGCAUCACAAG